AUGGCGUCACUGGGUACCAGUCAGAUUUGCCGCUUGGUGAUUGGCCAAAAGACAGAAGGAGUUGGUCGUCUUUUCCUCCAUCCUUCCUCCCCAGGGCCUCCCUUCUGGGGUCUGGUGAAUGCAGCCUGGAGCCUGUGUGCAGUGGGGAAGCGGCAGAGCCCAGUGGAUGUAGACCUGAAGAGGGUCCUGUAUGACCCCUUUCUACCUCCACUAAGGCUGAGCACAGGGGGAGAGAAGCUCCGAGGUACUUUAUACAACACUGGCCGCCAUGUCUCCUUCCUGCCUGCACCCCGACCUGUGGUCAACGUGUCUGGGGGUCCCCUCCUCUAUAGCCACCGACUCAGUGAACUAAGAUUGCUGUUUGGAGCUCGUGAUGGAGCCGGCUCUGAACACCAGAUCAACCAUCAGGGCUUCUCUGCUGAGGUGCAGCUAAUACAUUUCAACCAAGAACUCUAUGGAAAUCUCAGUGCUGCCUCUCGGGGUCCCAAUGGCCUGGCCAUUCUCAGUCUCUUCGUUAACGUGGCCGGUAGCUCAAACCCUUUCCUAAGUCGCCUCCUUAACAGAGAUACAAUCACCCGCAUCUCCUACAAGAAUGACGCCUAUUUUCUUCAAGAUCUGAGCCUGGAGCUCUUGUUCCCCGAAUCCUUCGGCUUUAUCACCUAUCAGGGCUCCCUCAGCACCCCGCCCUGCUCAGAAACUGUCACCUGGAUCCUCAUUGACCGAGCCCUCAAUAUCACCUCCCUCCAGAUGCAUUCCCUGAGGCUCCUGAGCCAAAAUCCUCCAUCCCAGAUCUUCCAGAGCCUCAGCGGUAACGGCCGGCCCCUGCAGCCUUUGGCCCACAGGGCCUUGCGGGGCAAUAGGGACCCCAGGCACCCCGAAAGGCGCUGCCGAGGCCCCAACUAUCGCCUGCAUGUGGAUGGUGCCCCCCACGGCCGCUGAGCCUCCCCGUCGAGGAUUGUGCCUGUCCUUCCCCAGCCUCCCUGUCAGGGGAGGGGAGUCACCCCAAAACAAAGCUAUUAAAGGGACAGAAUACUUCCUGA